UGCAGGACCGACGAUUGAGGCGCCAUAUUAAGCCUUGGUGGAUUCGCAUCACUCCUCUUUUCGGUGCGGGUUGCAUACAAGAGGUACUCGUGACGGAACCAUUUGCUACAUAAGCUUUUCGCCACCCCAGCUGAGGUACUUCAACGGCCGAUCGAUUCCCAAACCAGAGGCUGCAUACAACUUCAAGGAGCUCAACACCAUCAAUCAACAUCAUGGAGCUACGAAUUCGCGAAACAGAAAGCCCUACACCACAAACACCCAUCCCGCCGCUGCUCAACCUCCCUUCGGAACUACUCCAUCAUGUACUCAGCUACCUCUCAUUAUCAGACCUCCUCACCGUGGGCAUGGUUAGCAAAGUCUUGCGUACCCACACAUUCCAAGACACGCUCUGGCAGGCCUUUGUAGAAGCAGAGGUGCCCAACGUCACGAAACCAGCGCGUCUCACAUGGCGGGAACUAUUCCAGGAACACCACCCAUACUGGUUCAUCGCGCGCCGCAAGAUCUGGUUCGCCGACACAGCACACACGGGCAAACUCCUCAUCGCGCGCUACGACCACAGACUCGAUGCCAUAGAAGCCUAUGCCCUCGUUGCCGAACGACGAUCGCCAGUAGCUCUAUCAUGGGACCAACAUCCCGAAGCCAUAAUCCACACCUUCAGCCCCAACGUGCGCCUCGAUCUCAAUGCGCCCAUCGUCCGUCUAAACCGAGAUGCCUACGAAGAAGCCAUCGGAAACAUAGGAUAUCGCCUCCAAAAGGAAGUCCGCAUGGGCCUCUACCGCGACCGCCAACAACAAGCCGCCUCCCUCUUCUCCCAACUGAUGCUGACCCGCCCAUGGCCCCAAGCCAUAACAACAGAUGCCACACCCGUCUGGCCACCCCUCACCCUCCCCAGCGCAGACCGCACGCGAAACGACCACUCCCCGUCCGGUUUCCGCCAGCCCGGCCAAAAACCCGCAAUCCUCGACCAACUCUCCGAAUCCACAUUCCGGAUCCGGCGGUGGAUGGAGUUCUCAACACGCGUCCUUGGCAUGGGCAUGCGCAUCGGCGAGGACGUGACGACUUGGGCGACCCUGCCCGAGGAAAGUUACACGCCCACGCCCCAGAAACCAUGGCAGGGUAUCUGGUGCGGUGACUACGCAGGCCACGGCUGUGAGUUUUUGGCGAUUAUGCAGCCGGAUGAGGAUGAUGCGAAGCCGCUGCCGGAGCGUGCUCAAUGGGCUAUAAGGGCGAGAGAGAGGGAAGAAAGUGUAAGUAGUGAGGGGAGUUGGACUACGGCGCCUACCGACGCUGCAUCUUCUUCUGAGAACGGGGAUGAGGAUGAUGAGGCGGAGAUGGAGACAGCAGACGAUCUCGAAGAUAGCGUUGCUACGCUGCAGGAAGCGUAUCACAAGUAUAUUUCCGGAUCGGUGGAGACAUCAAACAUGGGUAAGGCGGAGGAAGACGAGACGGUGUACCGCGGCCGUAUCGAAGCCGUUAAACUAACCGGCGACCCGAAUAUUCCCAGGGGGGAGUACACGUUUAUUGCACCGGACAUUGGACCUAAUGGCUUGAUUCGCGUUGCGAAGGAGGAGAUUUUCAAGGGAGCGCGCAUUGUGAGGAGUGUGGGGCAUAUUGCUGCGACGGGGUUCAGAGAUGAUAACUAUAUGACAAGCCAGCUUAUACUGAUCAGUCAUGAUCGCCUGGCGCAGUAUUGGGAGACGUUUGGGCAUGUGAGCUUUUAUCAGAGGGUGGAUGUUGAUGCAUUUACGAGGGUUUGAGGGGGAGUGUUUGGUGUCGGGGCGGGAGUAUGGGAGUUGAUAGGUAGGGGUAAUGGAGUUAGCAAGAAUGGAGUACAUUAGCUGGUUCCGCUUCUCCACUUCGAACAGGGCGCUGCUCAUUCUGAAUCUGAAUGUCACUAGGUAUUCAUCCAUAGGCGCUGGCUCUGCUUCGUUGACAAGGCACUUGUGCCACGCGCAGGGUGACAGCCGCCGACGCAUGGCAGAUCGCGCUUUGCUAGUUGAGGGCUAGCGUCACAAUCCCUGCUUCGGAACGUCAUCGCCCAUCACCAAAUUUUGG